AAUAGUAAGCAAACAAAGACAGCUUUCCUAAACAUCUGGUAAAAUGGAGAACCAGACAAGUGACAAUACACUUGCAGUCAUGUCCGAGCUUCGUCUGCAGGGAAAACUCUGUGAUGUGGUGCUCCAGGUGGGAGAUGUUAAGUUCAACGCACACAAGAUCAUCCUCUGCAGCUGCAGCCUGUACUUUCGCACUCUCUUCACCGGGGCUUGGGCAACUUCUGUAAAGCAGACAUACACCAUCCCUGGAGUGUCACCUGAGAUGAUGCACAUCAUCAUCAACUACGCCUACACCCACUCUGUCCCUGUGACAGCAAAAAAUGUGGUGGCUGUUUUGGCAGCUGCAGACCAGUUCUUGGUCCCAGGGAUGAUUCAGACCUGCUGCUCCUUCCUGGAAGGCCAGCUAUGUUUGAAGAACUGCAUCAGCAUCUGGAGGCUUGGGAAUAUCUACAAUUGCCCUGAAUUUAGUCACAAGGUGUUCUUCUAUGUUCUGCACCACUUUGAGGACAUAGUUUCCAUCUCACAGGAGUUUCUGGACCUCUCAGCGCACCAGAUAGCUGCUAUGAUUGAGAAUGAUCACCUCAAUAUAAAACAAGAGAAUGUAGUGUUAAAGAUCGUCCUCCAGUGGAUAAACCACCUGCCAGACCAAAGACAAGAUCAUCUCUUCAUGCUGUUAUCAAGGGUGCGUUUAGGCUUGUUGACUGUUGACUACCUCAGGAACAAGUUGAUGAAUAAUCCCAUGAUCAAAAACUGCCCUGAGUAUGCGUCCAUCAUCAAUGAUGCAUGGGAGGCACAUACUAACUUUCAUAUCAAAAGACAUCGACAUUCUCUCGCCAGCAACCGAAUGUGCCGCCCUCGAUUGCCUCCUGUCAGUUUACUGGUCACUGGGGGCAGAGGAGACACCUUUGCACCCAAAGGCUUUGAGCUGUAUGACACCAGAUCUGACUGCUGGGCCAAUCUGGGCAAAUAUAUUUCAAUAGCUUACCACGGUGCUGCUGUCCUACAUGGCUACUUGUAUAUAGUGGGUGGCUGCGGACCACGAGCUCACUUGAAUACUUUGCAGAGGUUUGACUUCAGCACUUACACAUGGGAACAUAUGGCAUCCAUGCAUAUUUCCCGUAGCCACCUCAGUGUUGCUGUGCAGAAUGGUUGCAUUUAUGCCAUGGGGGGCUUCAAUGGAUUUGUUUACCUAAACACUGUGGAGUGCUACAAUCCUAAGUACAACCAAUGGACCAUGAGAGAAUCGAUGCAUGCAAGGAGAUGUGGGGCCAGUGCAACUUCUCUUCAUGGAAUGGUGUACAUUUGUGGAGGUUUCAACGGGUUUUACAACAUCGCCACAGCUGAGUCAUAUAAUCCAGAGACCAACCAAUGGACUAUGAUCUGUCCAAUGCACAGCUGCAGGGCUAACCUGGGGGUUGUUGCCUAUAAAGACAAAAUCUAUGCAGUUGGGGGCACCUAUAACUGGAACGCUCAACUGCGCACUGCUGAGGCCUACAACCCUCGCACCAACAGGUGGCACAUGGUGCCAUCCAUGUACAACCACCGCAGCAACUUUGGCAUUGAGGUGGUCGAAGAUCAGCUGUUUGUAGUCGGAGGAGAAAACAGAUUUGGCUGUUUAUCAAAUGUAGAGUGCUAUGAUGAAGAGGCCGGUAGGUGGUAUUAUGUCUCUCAGAUUGAGGCACCCCGCCGUGGCCUAAGCUGCUGUCUCCUGCAUGGACUUCAGAACCUGAUGGAGGAAUUGUUUCCACGUGGCUCCCUAAUGCUCCCCAGUAGGAAGAAGUCUAAAAGAGGAUCCCCAGUUUGAUCCCCAGCAAAAUUCCCACAUGUCAUUUAACAUGGGAUUUUAAAUAAAACUUUAUUGCAAA